AUGUCUGCGUUUAUUUACGGCUUUCUCUUGUUGAUAGUAAACGGUUACCUUGUGUUUGGGAUCAAGGAUGGACUGUAUGAUACAGAGGUGGACGAUGUCCUGCCGUUGAAUAACGAGUCGUUUCAGGCCAUGGUUGUUAAAGGCAAGCCUGAUAUUGUUUGGGUUGUGGAGUUUUACAAUAGUUGGUGUGGACACUGUAUUCAUUUCGCUCCUACGUGGAAAGAAGUGGCUACAUAUUUUAAAGACUGGCAAGACCUUGUUGUCAUUGCUGCAAUUGAUUGCACCCAGCCAGCGAAUCUGGAGACUUGCAGGCAACAUGAUGUCAGUUCAUACCCCACACUGAAGAUAUUUCCCCCUGCCAGUGUUCAAGGGGGUAAAAUACAAACACUCCAUUCAAAUGACAAGGAAAGUAUUAAAAAGUGGAUACUUGAUUUCAUGGUGAAAAAUGCUCCUAUCUCUUGGCCUCACCUUCAGCCUUUGGAAAAGAUCGAGGACAUCUGGUUGGACAAGAAAGAAACCCAUCAACAUGUGCUGUUAAUUUUUGAAGAGGAAGACUCUCCUGUUGGGACUGAGGUUAUCAUCGAUGUAAGGAAGAUACGCAGCGUCCUGGUGCGUAGAAUGCCGAAAAGAAGUGUAGUCAAAUAUGGCAUCAGCAAGUUUCCGAGCCUGUACACUGUCAGACCUGACUCAACCUACAACAUGCUAUCAGUCGGCACUAAGAUGUUCGCAGACGAUCGUGUAGCCUUUGUUCAGACAAUCAAGGCUUUAGCCAACAGCCAUCCUGGAGAUUCUAAGAAUAUUAUUUCAUCCAAUAAGAGCAGGGAGCAAAAUCUUGGGAAGGAGCCUCAUGAUGAAAUGUUACCAGCCGCAAGAAGAUAUAACAGCUCUGUGGUCAGCAUGCAGGAUCUCGAGUCUGCCCUUCACUACAGCCUGCGGCAGGAGGUGGCCCUCAAGAAACACAUCGACGGGGACACGUUUCUGGCUCUGCAGACAUUUCUGGACACCCUGGUUAAGUAUUUCCCUGGCAGAAAACCAAUCCUUGGCUUUCUAGUCAAAACGAGAGACAUGUUGAGAAGUCUCGGUAAAAAUAACAUAACCGGAGAAGAGUGGAUGAACAAAAUUGACAGUCUGCAGGAUAGAGACAAUUACCUACCUGCAGUUAUCAAGUGGGAGUUCUGCCAUGGAAGCUCCCCACUUUACCGAGGCUACCCCUGCAGCAUGUGGGUCUUGUUCCACACACUGACAGUUUCUGCCUACAAUCAGAACACAGGAACUAGGCAUGGAAAUCCCCAGGAAGUCCUCCUGGCCAUACGCAGCUACAUGAAACACUUCUUUGGCUGCCAAGAAUGUUCCAAGAAUUUUGUAUCGAUGGCGCAGUCCGUUGAGGGAGAGGUGCAUAACUACAAGGACUCCGUUAUCUGGCUGUGGAGUGCUCACAAUAAAGCGAACAAACGAUUGCAUGGAGAUUUAUCGGAGGAUCCAGAACAUCCGAAAAUUGAGUUCCCAUCCGAGAAAAUGUGUCUGCAAUGUCGCAUCAAAACAUCUACAGAUGCAGAGACACAAGUAUCCUGGCAUAUGGAGAAAGUGCUAGAAUUUUUGGUUAGCUUUUAUUCUGAGAAAAAUAUUGUGCCUUCACAAAAUCUUGUUUCUGAUGAAGUUUCAGCCAAUUCGCUAGAAAAGAGAGAAGUUGAUUGGUGGGAGAGUAAAUUGCAAGAGCAGGAUCUGAAACAGAUCAGAUGGUUGCGGGAAAAGAAGCAGAAACAAAUUCAGGAAAUGAACCAGAGAAUUUAUAAUAAAAAGGAUUCCAAUUAUUCUGCACGACUCGAGGAAAAUCAUGUCUUUAGUCUGUGGGGAUUGACACAUCUAGAUUUUAGUUUAUGUUUAAUAUUUUAUUUGUUAAGUACUGUGAUUAUACUGUCAAUGUACCAUCACUUUAUUGUGAGGCGACGAAUGGUGACUUGUAGAAAUAUCAUGUCUUAG